AUGGUAAGUGCCAAAAGCCUGAAUCAAGUUGAAUUCGUUCUUCGCAAAACUACGAAUUCAGAAAAGAUUUUGGGGGGCAUUCAAAUAGUGUUAUGUGGAGAUUUCUACCAGCUACCACCUGUAGCAAAUGAGCUGUAUGGGGACCAAGGGAAACAUUGUUUUAAUGCUGUAUAUUUUGACAAAACUUUUCCUCAUAGAGUCGACUUACACACUGUCUACAGACAGACUGAACAGGACCUAAUAUCUGCUGCAAAUGAACUUGCACAGGGAAGUGUGUCUGAUGCUACAAAAGCCAUAAUACUGUCUUUGAACCGGCCUUUACCUGCCCAAAUUGAUGUCCGGGAUAUUGUUUAUUUAUUUUGCAGAAAUGUGGAUGCAGAUAUUCAUAACUACAAAGUUAUUACAGACAAACCUGGGGACUUAGUUACGUUUACAUCUGAAGACACUGGUGAUAAUCAUUACUUAUCUAAAAUGUUAGCACCAAAACAUUUGGGUGUUAAGGGGCAUACAUAUAAUAAAGAUCAAGACAGAGAAGACUUAGUAGGGGUAGAUAUUGAUGGCGAUGAUGAUGAUGAUAAUGAUCCAUCUACUGUUAAUACUAGAACGGAAGGUGAUACUGGACAGAUGGAGUCUGAUUCAGAUUUUUCAGAGGUGGAAUAUGACAUUUUCCAUAUUGAAAAUAUUGACAGUGAUUAUGAUAGAGCAAAAGAUAUUUUACAGAAAGUAGCUCAAAAGUACAAGGAUACACCAUUAAAAAAGUGUUUGUGCGAAACUGUGAAAAACAUAUUGAACAGUCCACAAGAGUUUCUGUCAUUUUAUGACAGUCAGUAUAAAGUCUUGGCUUCAUUUAACAUUGGAAAGGAACUACAAAAGAAAUAA